AGGCGCAGUGCGCAUGCGCGGCUCGCCAUAUUAUUGCGCAGCAGGCGAGUCGACACCAUCGCGGCUACCUUGUUUAUUUUCGCUGUCUGUUUUUGCCCUCCUGAUGAUAAAAUAUUGCGCCACAUCACGUCUAACAGAGUUCUCGCUCAGAUGAAGAGCUCUUGACAUCUGUUGUCGCUUUAAAUCGUUGUAGAUAUCGCGUUAGUCCGGCUGAAGAGUGCUAAGCGCGCUAGGCGCUAACAAGAUUCACAUCAAAACCAACAAAACUGGACAGAUUCGUUCACAGGAGACAUAACAGGGGACGUUUGGAUGGACCCUUCACUGGCGCCAGUGUAUUGCUGAAAAGAGUUAGAAGCGGCACACGGGAGCCUCUCUGAGGCCGAUAACCAGCGCAGGAUGUCCAUCACAAACACACCCACCAGUAACGAUGCCUGUCUGAGCAUCGUGCACAGUCUGAUGUGUCACAGACAGGGCGGCGAGAGCGAGACCUUCGCCAAACGGGCCAUUGAGAGUCUGGUGAAGAAACUGAAGGAGAAGAAAGACGAGCUGGAUUCGCUCAUCACCGCCAUCACCACCAACGGCGCUCAUCCCAGCAAAUGUGUGACCAUACAGAGAACGCUAGACGGCAGGCUGCAGGUGGCUGGUCGUAAAGGAUUCCCACAUGUCAUCUAUGCACGGUUAUGGCGAUGGCCGGACCUUCAUAAGAACGAGUUGAAACAAGUCAAGUACUGCCAGUUUGCCUUUGACCUGAAGUGUGACAGCGUGUGUGUGAACCCUUACCAUUACGAGAGAGUCGUGUCUCCAGGAAUAGACUUAUCCGGACUCACACUGUCAGGCUCUGGUCCGUCGGGUCUGAUGGUGAAGGAUGAGUAUGAUUAUGAAGGCCAGCAGUCUCUUCCCAGCACUGAGGGACACAUGCAGACGAUUCAACACCCUCCCUCUCGACCGAUGGCCCCGGAGCCCUUCAACACGCCUGUCAUGCUCCCGCCAGCAGAGGGCAGCGGCUCGGCCUCCACCUCCGCCUUCUCCAGCAUCGCGGUGGGAUCCGCAACUCAGCCCAAUAGCGUUCUCUCAGGAAGCCACAGCAGCGAUGGUCUGCUGCAGAUUGCCUCUGGGACGGGGCAGGGCUCACAGCAGAAUGGCUUCCCCCCCGGCCAGCCCUCCACGUACCAUCACAACACCAGCUCCAGCUGGACGAGGAACAGUAACUUCACCCCCACUGUGCCUCACCAUCAGAACGGCCAUCUACAGCAUCACCCGCCCAUGACCCAUCCAGCGCACUACUGGCCCGUUCACAAUGAAAUCGCCUUUCAGCCUCCGAUUUCCAACCACCCUUCUCCAGAGUACUGGUGCUCCAUCGCUUACUUCGAGAUGGACGUUCAAGUGGGCGAGACGUUUAAAGUUCCCUCGUCCUGUCCGAUCGUGACCGUCGACGGGUACGUGGACCCCUCCGGAGGAGAUCGCUUCUGCCUCGGCCAGCUCAGCAACGUCCACCGAACGGAGGCCAUCGAGAGAGCAAGACUGCACAUCGGGAAGGGCGUCCAGCUGGAGUGUAAAGGCGAAGGCGAUGUUUGGGUUCGCUGUCUGAGCGAUCACGCCGUCUUCGUCCAGAGCUACUACUUGGAUCGUGAAGCCGGCCGCGCUCCUGGAGAUGCCGUGCACAAGAUCUACCCCAGCGCAUACAUUAAGGUGUUUGAUCUGCGUCAGUGCCACAGACAGAUGCAGCAGCAGGCGGCGACAGCACAAGCAGCGGCGGCCGCUCAAGCAGCAGCGGUGGCCGGAAACAUCCCCGGCCCCGGAUCCGUGGGAGGAAUCGCUCCUGCUAUCAGUUUGUCUGCGGCCGCUGGAAUCGGUGUGGACGACCUCCGCCGGCUCUGUAUCCUGCGCAUGAGCUUCGUCAAGGGCUGGGGUCCCGAUUACCCUCGACAGAGCAUCAAAGAGACGCCCUGCUGGAUCGAGAUCCACCUGCACCGCGCGCUGCAGCUGCUGGACGAGGUCCUGCACACCAUGCCCAUCGCCGACCCCACGCCGCUGGACUGAGAUCAGACACUGGACCUGACAAACCCAGUACCGCCGAACUGUGCGAACGAUGCAGAGAGACCAACGGGGUUCAGAGGUCAACGUCACGGCUGCGUUUAUUUCAUUUGCUUUUUUGUUUUUGCAUGUGUUGCUUUUGUUCUCCUAACAUUCGGACCUUGAAGUGCACAGGACCCAGUGUUGUAGUAACCAAACCGAUCAUCUAAAGCUUCACAAGUGAUUUGCAUGAAGAUGAUGUGCGUGUUUGCCAGCUCUGCAGAGGUGCAUGCUGGGAUUCAGUUGAGCUGUUUAAAUUAAUUUGUUCUUAGGGAUGCUGUUGCUUCACUAGCCACUAGAGUCCCCCAUCGUGUCAAUCAGACUGUCUAAUUUCACUUUUUUUCUACUUUGUUUUGGUCAUCAUCUCUUAAUGCAAACCAGAGUCUCUCAGGCUGAAUGUUUAAAAGCUGUCAUGCGCAGUGGUCUGGAAGUACGAUGGCUGACGUACCUGAAAAUCAUGGAACAUCAUUUCCUUUCUCUUGAGUUGUUUGGGUUAAAGCGGUUUGGACUUCGAGGUCGUAUUAGCAGGUGUUGCAUGUACAGAAGAUAUGCGUUUUCUUUUGCGCUUCUCACUACUGUCACACUGACUUUUUUUUUUUGCAAGUUUCUCGCUGCAUGCCGUUAGCCAUCAUAGCAAGAUUAACGGUUAGUCUAAACUCAUGCACAAGCAAUAACGACCGGUUUCUUCUGAAUGCUUUUUUUGUUUCUUUUAGCCAUGUGUUUGUUCUUGCACUUUAUGUAUGUUUCUUUUUCUUUCCAUCGUUCAGUUUCUCUUCUUUGCAGCCUGUGAAUAAAAAUGCAGCUCUUUUAUAGAAAAACUCAUUUGAAUCAGUACUAGGAUGUUUGGUUUACAGGAAUAGUUCAGGCAAAAAUGAAAAUGUGCUCAUCCUCAGAUCAUCCAAGAUGGGUUUGU